AUGUGCGGCAGACCUUUAACUCUGAGCCUUUUAAAUUGACCUGCUGGAGAAUCUAAGAGCUCUGCUCAUUCACAGCAGAGCUAGCCCUGCUCAGCAUCAGACCAACUCAUUGGGCCCACAACUCCAAGACCCUGCAAACUGUUUAACUGGUAGUGAGUCCUUGAAGAGGAGAUCAUGGCAGAGAAUACGUCCGGUACCAACCGACAGACGGCUGAAAGGGAACGUGACGAUUACGCUGUCCCUAUCGAGCGGCUGAAUGACAAAGAGUCCCUCUUUAUGUUACUUGCUCUGCACAUGGAGGAGUCUCCACUCUGUGAGGAGCCAAUCGGAAAUGAGAUUAACAAAACUGGGAUUGUCGUGUGUGAGUCUGAUUCCUUGCAGAGGAUCUUGGCAAUGGAUUGCUCCCGGAAACAGUUACACGCCGCACAGCUCGUCACCCUGAACCUGACCACCAGGAUCAACGGGUGCAACGUGUACCUAUCCAGGAAACCCUGCACAGAAUGUGCAAAAUGUCUAGUUCAAGGUGGGGUUCAGUCUAUAUUUUUCUGGCCCAAGGAGCCUGAAUUUAAGCUCAGAACCAAAAAGGGUGAGGAAAAUUCCAAAAAGGGUGAGGAAAAUUCCAAAAAGGGUGAGGAAAAUUCCAAAAAGGGUGAAGAAAAUUCCAAAAAGGGUGAAGAAAAUUCCAAAGAGGGUGAGGAAAAUUCCAGAAAAGUCAACCAAAUCUUGCGAAGCAGCAGCACCCUGCUUGUACCCCUCGUGCCGGCCAUUGAUGACAAUAUUGCUAAAACCACACUUUGCCAGCGUACCCGCAGACGGAAAUGUGAACAAUGUCAGAGCUCCACUGACAAUUUGCAAAAAGAGCUGAAAGCGAAUUGGAAGAACUGUGGCUUGCCUCCCCAUGACGACAACGAAAAGUUGAUUACCCGCACACUACGCAGCUACAAUGCGCUCCUGAACUGUAACCAUGGCACCUGCACUGACACCGGGAAUUUUACUCUGGAAUUUAUUACUCACUUAUUGCAACUUUGCUUCCUGCUGGCUGCUCGAUCAGAUGAUCCAAGAAAUGGUGUUGGAGCAAUAAUCUACAACCAGCAGCAUCAGUACAUUGUUGGAGCUGGUUACAACGGCUACAUCAAACAUGCAACGUAUGGAAACUUCCCUCGCUGUGGGAGAGGCAAUAAACGGACAAGGGCCAAAGGAAAAUACAUGGUCCACGCAGAAGUGAACGCUCUUCUCUUCAGAUCAGUCACAGACACCGACUCUGCUGUGCUCAUCUCUUCCAAAAUGCCUUGCCCUGAGUGUAAAAAAGCAAUCAUCGCAUCUGGCAUAAAGACAGUGAUUACUGUCUGGGAAGCCAAGAAAGAAGAAGAAAGACCCAAGGAGCCCGGAGAAGGAGACAAGCAACUCAGGGCUGGUGCUUCGGGAGACAAAGGCAGAGGACAGGAAGAGGAUGUUAAGGAUUCAGGAAAAGGACCCAAGGAAUCAGAAGAGGAAGGUGCAAAAUCAGAAACUGUGUCACAGGAAUUGGCAGAGCCUCUGAAGGAAGAAGACUUGAAAAUUAUAGAGUGGAAGUGUCCCAGUGACCUGCAAGUUGCCGAGCAGAGCAUCGAACAGCCGGAUCCUCAGCCGGAAUCUCCUGUUCCCGAGCAGAGCAGCGAACAGCCGGAUCCUCAGCCGGAAUCUCCUGUUGCCGAGCAGAGCAGCGAACAGCCGGAUCCUCAGGCGGAAUCUCCUGGUGGCCUGGUCCGCUUGCCAAAGAAAGAUGACCUGAUGAUGUAUCUGGCUUUGCACAUGGAAAGAUCUCCCUUGUGUGAGGAGCCAAAAGAAAAGGACAAUAUUAAAUUUUAUAAAACCGGCAUUGCUAUCCUGAACACCAAGGGCAGCAAUCACAUACUUGCCAUUGACUGCUCCAGAAAUGGGCUUCAUGCUGUGCAGAAAGCACUUCUCUCCUCUCCAAGGUGUCAGCAGGGAUGUACCAUCUACCUGUCCAGGUAUCCCUGUAUCAUCUGUGCAAAACUACUCAUUCAAGAUAAUCCUGGCCAAGCUAUUGGAGUAGGAGCAUUGAUCUGCCAGGACGAUUGCUUUGUGGGAGUGGGCUACAACGGUUUUCCAAAAGGGAAUCUCCACAGCCACUAUCUUCAGAGUCCCCAACGUUCAGGGAAGACCAAAAACCUGCUCAUCUGCGCAGAGGCUAACGCUCUCUAUUUCAGAUAUAAACAGGAUCUGAAAGAAGCAACCCUGUACACCAGCAACUACCCCUGCCCCGAGUGCAUGGAUUUAAUAACAGCAGUUGGAGGCAUCACAAACAUCGUUUGUGUGAAGCCCAAAGGGAAAACUUUGGACCCACGUCCACAGGGCACAACUUGUUGGAUGUGGAAACAGAACAUCAACCUGAGCGGAACCUCCGCAAGGGCCCUGGACUUCAACUCCCCUCAGGAGCCUGAGCAGGACCCCAAUAAUGAGGGAUAAUGUGGCGUUCAGGGACCGAUGCUGGGCAGCGUAGAUCUUACUGCAGCCGGGCCGCUGUGCAAGCAAGCAUAACCCUGCUGGAGGCAAUGGGACAACUAUUCAAACCCAGCAUCAGUCUACAAUCUUCCUCCACAGUCCCCUAGAAACAACCCAAUACUUCUGCAGUUCAAUGACAAUCUCUUUAAACAUUUAAACUGAAUAAUAGACAUCGAGAAAAAACAAAUGAAAUAGGAGGUUUGAAAGGCCAGUGAGAUACAAAAGGGAGAUAAAGCAUUACGGGAGGAGAGAGAAAUGUUUUAAUUUGGCUCCAAAGUUUACUGGUUGGGAAACAGAUCUGGGAAAUAGGUGACAGCUCAGGCAGGUGGCUGACUGUCCAUCUGAAUCAAACCCUGAUUAGCGUAGCUGCCGUUGCAAUUCCCUUGCUGAUUGUUAAGCAGGAUGUGCACUGGUGGUUGCACCUUUUUUACACAGUGCACCUGCAGACCAAGGAGAUAAAGAACAUCUGAUUUGAAGGGCGGAGCAGUGACUCAGCAGGUAGAGCCGCUGCCUCACAGCACCAGAGACCCGGGUUCGAUCCUGACCUCGGCUGCUGUCUGUGUGGAGUUUGCACAUUCUCCCUGUGACCGCCUGGGUUUCCUCUGGGUGCUGCGGUUUCCUCCCACAUUCCAAAGACGUGCGGGUCGGGGAGUUAAUUGGCCGCUUGUGAAUUGUCCCGAAUGUGUAGGUGAGGGGUAGAAUG